CAUGUAUUUGCAACUGCAGCAUAAAUAAAACAUAAACAAACGCACUGAAACAAAACGCUAUCUGAAUGAAAAGGCGCAGAAAUGAGUGGUAGAAUUUGUGUUUACAAAGGUUGCAAUAAUUUAUACGUGGCUCAGGAUAAAAGCGGUGGCCACACCUUCUUCUCAUUUCCAAAGGAUCCAAAGAGGGAGAAACUUUGGAAAUUGUUGGGCCAGGUGCAUCCGAAGAUUGGCCCAAAGCAAUUAUUUAUGUGCUCUAAGCAUUUUGAUGAAAAAUAUAUAUCUGUAAGUAAGACUCGUACGAUCUUAGUGGGUGAGGCAGUGCCAAAUGCGUACGAAGAUAGGGACGAGGAUGAGGAAUACGAAACUCAUGAAACUAAAGAAAUGACUGUCCCAUCGUCAAGCACUCAGCAAAGCUUUACUAUUAAUCUGUAUGACGAUCUGAAUAAUUUGGAAAUGGUUGAGUCUACAACUGCUACAACUAGUAAUGAACAGGCAGACGCUCCAGUUGAAGUGAAGCUUUUACCGCUGAACAAGCGCAAACGGGAGGCAUCACCCAUUGUGACUAAUAACGAGCCAAACGCUGCUGCAGACUUUGAUGAUAAACUGCUGGACUCCAACGAAGUUUCGAUAUUCAAGUUCAAAGGCGAGGAAUAUGUGCAAAUGUCUAAGGAAUACUAUCUACAGGAGAAACGCCAAAUGAAUAACAAAUUACAAUUGUAUAAUCGAAUAUUGCGCGGAAUCAGAUCACAAAUACAAACGCUUGAAGAGCUAUGAUAAAAUAACAGUUUU